UGUUUCCCAAGUUAAAUGGACCAGCUCUUUCUUGGUAACUACAAAGCUUGAUAAUUGGCACUGUCUACCUUCAUAUGCUGGCUUAGCGAAAAUAGAUCUUUUUCCUUCACCUGACAUACUGAGCCUCAGGUCAUUUUGGGCAGAAAGUACAGUAAUUGCCAAUGGCCAAAGCACCAAACAGAGGUUCUACCUUCUGAAGCAAAGGUUGAGGUUAAAUUGAGGGUGGCUUUGUAUACAGAAUUCAGCUUUCUAAAGAAUCACAACUUUUAUAUUUAAAAGUACAUGCUUUAUCAUAUCUUCACAAUCAUAAGUAUGAGAAAUUCUUGCUGAAUUUCCAAAACCACAGUAGUCACUGAAGAUGACUUCUAAAGACCCUACAUAGCUUCUUGUCUCUCCCUAACAUAGCAGAAUAAAUUACGUAAAAAAAGCAGGGGAAAUAUGCAAGAAAAAUAUAUAUGCAUGCACAUUUUCUUAAGCCUGCAUAAUUUAUAGUCAACUUGCUAUAAACUCUUAUUGGCUGUAGUUUCUCCUCUGCCACCUGGAUAUGUCUUUAUGACUGUAUCAAUGGAGCUUGUGCUAGGAAACAAUCACACACACUCUUGCUCCUCUUACAUUAUAGCGCUUCAGCAAAUGUCUAGUGGUCUGCGAGUUGCCACUGAUGAUGCAAAGCCCCCCAUGAGCAGAUCUACUGCAGCAUCCAAUAAAAUCACCAAACAUCACACAAGGCCAGGAACUAAUUUUUUUGUCUUCUUUAAUUGCAAGCCCUCCUAGCUGCAGCAUGUAGGUUAAAAAUAUAUAUAUGCAGGCAGUUGCUGGUGAACAUUUUAAAAACUAAGACAGCUUCCGAGCAAUGGCAGUGCCCUGCUCUUUUCACCAUGAUCCCUCCUUAACAUCUACAUCAGAGUCCAACUAACACUGUGCAAGUGGGAGUUUUCAGGGCACAAUUCCAUGAUCCACACAGCCCAGGGAACAGCGCCACAGCUGCAGACAGCAGGCCAACAUUGAAGGCUCCUUGUCGUAUUAAAAUUGCUGGGGCAGGGACUCAUCCUGGCUCCUUUUUCUCUGUAGAGGCCCCAGUUCGUCCACGCGCUCUCUGCCCUGCUCCUGCUGUUUCCAGGGAAAGCCAUGGGAGCAGCUCCAGAGAGAGGGGGCGGCCGCGGCAAGAGCAGCGAUGACAUCGUCGUGAGUUUCCUGGUCUGCCUGCUGCUGCUGCUGCUCCUCUUGCUGUUCCUGGCGUGGCGUCGGCUGAGCCGCAAUUCAGGAGGAAGGUACCACCCCCAGCGCCUGCUGAGGGGUCUGGUGCUCCGAUGGCAAGGGCUUUGGGGAGGGGAACUCCCCGGAGAGCCGCUACAGGGACACCAGGACAAGAAGCUGGGAGAUGAAGAGUCCGGGGAGGAGCAACCCAUUGAUGUGGGGGAUGAGAGGGAGCAGGAGCAGCUCCUCCAAGGAGAAGACAAGGAGGAGGAGGAAGAAGAGGAGGAGGAAAAGCAAGAAGCGUCCAAGGAGAAGGCUGAUCCGGAGCCAGCAGAAGAUAAAGCAGUGCAGGAGGCCUCGGAGGAAGAACGGGCCCCAAAGGCAACCGAGAGCAGCGCAGGGGCUCUCCUGAGUGAUCUGCAUUCUUUCUCUGGGACAGCGGCCUGGGAGGACCCAGGCAAACAGCUGCAUGUCACUGCCCUCUAGAAGCAGCAGGAUAGAGGGCACUGAAGCACUCGCUGCAAAGACAGCUACAGACUGAAGGCAGUUCACCGCCCCAUCCCAUGGACAUAGCAGAAGCUGCUUUUGCCCUGUGUUGCCUAUUGACCCCUUCCCGUUUGUACCUAGCUUGCUCAAUCGCCUGCCCCGCCAAAAAUGCAGCCUGAGUUUCUAUUUUGUUUUGAAAGUUUCCUAUGACAAAUAAAGUAGAGGGGAGAUAAGAGACA